GCAGGCAACGCGCCCUCCCUAUCCUCCCCAUUCCCCAGUUCAGUCCACUGCUUGGUUGGGGGGGUCGUCUAUGUUAUCUGCAGGCUCGGCGCCCGCGUUUGGUAUCGUGUCUCAUACUAGUAACUGGUCUGUUUUACUCCAAGGAGUACAGUUUGGUGAAAUAAUACGACCAUGAACGCGUUCUAGAAGAAACGGCAUCCAAAAUUUCCCUUCCGACCAGGUUUUGGUCAUGUACUUUUUCAUGCUGCUUUAGAAGAGUUGCGCACACGUAGCAUGGGAAGGGGAAGCAUUCUUGGCCAAAGGAUCCCUAACGUGGGACCCAUAUUACGGACAAUGUGAGAGGUAAGAGUGGAAGUUGUCCACGAAAGUCGCAUUCCUGCUUUCCUUUAACAAGGCGGGAUGUUUUAGCGCAAACCACAGCACCCAGCUGAGUCACGGCUUGUUGGGUAGCUGGCGUGAACUGGGUUGUGUUCACUCUAUUUGACGCAAUAUAACUUAACGCUGGCAUUCUCUCAAGCAGGUCCUCAUGUCAUUGAUACAGCUGCUUAACGGAAGUAAAGGCCAGACCCCGUGUUCAAAUCCACCUCUGAAGUGACAUCAGCCAAUCAAGUUUCCCCUCUCUCCCUGCAGUUGUUUGGGGGUGCUACUUUUUUGGAUUUCCCAGUUGGACUGGUGUAGGGGGAGGGCGGACCUACGCCUUCCCACGGCCCCUGUACAUAGACGUCACCAUGACCACCUCAUCGCUGCGCCGCUCGGUCAAGAACAUUGUCAACAACUACACGGACGCGGAGAUCAAAGUGCGCGAGGCCACCUCCAACGACCCAUGGGGACCGCCGACCUCGCUCAUGGCGGAGAUCGCCGACAUGACCUUCAACGUGGUGGCCUUCACCGAGGUCAUGGGCAUGAUCUGGAAGCGCCUCAACGACCACGGCAAGAACUGGCGGCACGUCUACAAGGCCCUGAUGCUGCUGGACUACCUGAUCAAGACGGGCUCGGAGCGGGUGGCCCAGCAGUGCAAGGAGAACAUCUACGCCGUCCAGACCCUGAGGGACUUCCAGUACAUCGACCGCGACGGCCAGGACCAGGGCAUCCACGUGCGCGAGCGCGCCAAGCAGCUGGUCUCCCUCGUCCGCGACGACGAGCGGCUGAGGCAGGAGAGGGCCCAGGCCCACAAGACUCGGGAGCGCAUGGCCGGCGGUAGCCUGGGCUACGGGUCCAUGCCGCCACCGUACCCAGGCCGCAGGACCAGCCAGCCCAGCAUGGGAGCCCUGUACGGGGAUGAGUACAGCAGAUCGCGGGGGUCGCCAUCCUCCUAUAAUUCCUCUUCUUCCUCCCCCCAACUAGCGCCGGAUCUGGAGCAGGCUCGGCCCCAGACCAGCGGGGAGGAGGAGCUGCAGCUGCAGCUGGCGCUGGCCAUGAGCCGAGAGGAGAGCGAGAAGACGGCCCCCGGCCACGGGCACGGGCACGGACCUGGGCACGGGCAUGGGCAUGGGCAUGGGCACGGCCAGGGGCACGGCCAGGGGCACAGCCAGCCCCCCCAGCAGCACCCCAAACCUGAACACCGCCACGCCGCCGCUGCCGCCACAGUCACCGCCACCGCCACGCCUGCUGCCAGUCCUCCUGCGGCCGUGGUGGACAUCGACGAGCAGACACAGCUCCAGAUAGCCAUGAGCCUCAGCAAGGAGGAGGCCAUGAAGCCCCGUCCCCCACCACCUGCUGCCUUGGAUAUGGAUGAGGAGACCCAGCUCCAGCUCGCCCUGACCCUGAGCAAAGAGGAGCACCAGCAGGAGCAACGGAGUCGCCAGGGUGAUGAGUCGAUGCUCCAGAAAGCUCUUGAGGAGAGCAAACGAGAGAUGGAGGCAAAGAAAGGAGGGCACUCGGCCAUGAUGGAUCUGGUGGAUAUUUUUGCUCCGGCCCCUGCCGAGGCCUCGGGGGGCCACUCCUGGGACUUGGCGUCCGGAGGGGACGGUCAUGCCUCAGCCUCUGGUGGCUCGCUAAUGUCCGACCCCUGGGACUCACUGGAAGGCAGCUCAGCAAGAGGUGCCAGUGGCUCGUGGUUGGUGGCUCCGUCGGCUUCCUCCACCGGCCUCCCUCCACAGCAGCCGUGGGAUCAGAGGUCCAAACCGACCGACCCGUGGGACGCCCCGCCGAGAGGAGGGCCCAGCAUGGCCGGGCAGGCGUGGGGCUCAUCUCCUGCCCAUAAAGAUGCAGACCUCUUUGACGACGCCAUGGAUGGCGGGCAGGUGAACGGGCAUGACGGGAGCAGCCCUGAGCCGUUCGAUAUGUCUCGACUAGGAGAGAGCCUGGCCGACCCCAAGCCCCGGGCCUGUCGCACCCCCGAGGCCUUCCUGGGUGUUGCAGGCGCGUCGCUAGUCAACUUGGACUCACUCAUUCCCACCAGCCCCGCCCCCAAGACCUUGAACCCAUUCUUGACAGGUCCAGCUCCCCCAGCAGCGCCCUCCAAUCCAUUCCAGAGCGAGCAGCCCCGCCUCACCCUGAACGAGAUGCGCCCCCUCGCCACCUCUCCGGUGCCCCAGCCUGGCUCGCUGCCCUACAGUGCCUCGCUGCCUCUGCCCUCCAACCCGCAGCCCUCCUCUCUGCCCUCCUCCCUCACCCAGCCCGCCGGCGGCGCCGCCGCUGCCCCCAGGCCCCUGGAUCUGCCCGGCAACCUGCCCCAGCCGCUGCUGCCCCUCUCCUCCGCCGGCGCGCUGGGACCCCCUGGAGCCGACCCGCAGAACCAGAAUCCUUUCCUCUGAGGCCCAAUAUCUCCUCUCUCUCUCCCUGGCCGGACCCAACCCGUUCCUCCCAGGCAAAGCUGUUUGUAGGUCAUAAUCUCAGGCUGCUCAGUUGGCCCUGAUGGGAGAGGGGAAAAAAACGCUGUAGUUUUUUUUCUUUCUUUUUUCGUUUUGUUGUCACGACCCCUAAAUGUCAAUAGACCUGUAGAGAACAACUGGAACUAAAAAGUCAAUACUGACAGCUAUGUUUAAUAACCAUGAGUUUUAUAUGGGCUUAACUAUGUUCACAUACUUUGCUAUCUUACUGUUAUCUCUCGUCAGCCGGUGUGGCUCUGUUGCAGGAGACGCAUCGGCCAGCGAGGGAAGAGACACAAAUGAAUGCACAAACGGGGGGGUUACGGUAGAUGAGAUCCAUGUCGAUUGGAACCAAGUCAAAUGGUUCCAAUGGUCUUUUUUUGCAAGAUGGUUUUUAAUACUUUCUGCAAUGCCACGAGAACAAUUUACUCACAACAUGCUUCAGCUGAUUUCACUGAUGGCUCCACGCACUGUGCUGUCCUGAUCAAUACUGAAUGUACACACCUCACUAUGCGUCUCUGCUCACACCCCUCCCUGGCCAACACCUCAUGCCCCCAUGAUCCAGACCGCCUCUGGAUUGGCUGCACUGACUGGGCCUUCUCUCCCCUCACACUCUAGGCCGGGAGUAACUAACGCCUGAGAACAAAACGGCAAAGGGAGAUGCGCCAAAAAAAAAAAAAACUCAUCUUGCAUAACGAGACCCGGCUAGCUGGAUAAAAGCGACUUAAGUAAUGUUAAGAAUUUGCUAUAGAGGAGAGGGAGUUUAGGAGAAUGAAUUUGUGAGUGCGUGGGUGCGUGUGUGUGUGUGUGUGAGUGAGUGUGAUGAUGGGGAAGAGUAUGGAACAUGACACUGAUUACUGAUAUUUUUUCAGAGAAUGAAGCUACUGCAAAACCAUCGUGCUAACAGAAUGUAAGAAAAACGUGAGAAUGUGUCGCUGUAUGAACCAUUGCUCUUGAAAUAUAAGGAUGCAGUUAACAACUCAA